GAUCAUCAGAGAAUCCACACAGGGGAGAGGCCCUAUGAAUGCUGUGAGUGUGGGAAAACCUUCACUCAAAGAUCAGCCCUUUCUGUUCAUCAGAGAAUCCACACGGGGGAAAGGCCCUACGAAUGCUGUGAGUGUGGGAAAAGCUUCACUCACAGAUCAGCCCUUUCUGUUCAUCAGCAAAUCCACACAGGGGACAGGCCCUACAAAUGCAGUGAGUGUGGGAAAACCUUCACUCAAAGAGCAGCCCUUUCUGUUCAUCAGAGAAUCCACACGGGGGAAAGGCCCUACGAAUGCCAUGAGUGUGGGAAAACCUUCAAUCGCAGCUCAAACCUUUCUGAACAUCAGAGAAUCCACACAGGUGACAGACACAGGCCCUAUGAAUGCUGUGAGUGUGGGAAAACCUUCACUCAAAGAUCAGCCCUUUCUGUUCAUCAGAGAAUCCACACGGGGGAAAGGCCCUACGAAUGCUGUGAGUGUGGGAAAAGCUUCACUCACAGAUCAGCCCUUUCUGUUCAUCAGAGAAUCCACACAGGGGACAGGCCCUACAAAUGCAGUGAGUGUGGGAAAACCUUCACUCAAAGAGCAGCCCUUUCUGUUCAUCAGAGAAUCCACACGGGGGAAAGGCCCUACGAAUGCCAUGAGUGUGGGAAAACCUUCAAUCGCAGCUCAAACCUUUCUGAACAUCAGAGAAUCCACACAGGUGACAGACACAGGCCCUAUGAAUGCCAUGAGUGUGGGAAAACCUUCAAUCGCAGCUCAAACCUUUCUGAACAUCAGAGAAUCCACACAGGGGACAGGCCCUACAAAUGCAGUGAGUGUGGGAAAACCUUCACUAGCAGCUCAGCCCUUUCUGUUCAUCAGAGAAUCCACACAGAGAAGAGGCCCUAUGAAUGCAGUGAGUGUGGGAAAACCUUCACUCAAAGAGCAGCCCUUUCUGUUCAUCAGAGAAUCCACACAGGG